AUGCAGUUUACGUUUUUGGUCACAACAUACGUUGCAGCUUUCCAGGUGGUGGUCUGUCAACAGUAUUGGAGGUCCCCAUUCUAUCGCUCGAUAGUGGAUUCUUAUUCAGAAUGUGCUCAGUACCUCAACAUUUCUGUGCCAACCGUCAAUCGAUACAUUAUGUCCGGGUUUCCUGCAGAACCAAGUACGAAGCAAUUGGUUUAUUGUAUUCUAAUUGAUCUGCAAGCUUGGAACCGGACUAGUAGUGAAAUAAUUGGACCUCUCAUUACUGCAGCAUUGACGAAAGUUCAAUACGAUGAGAAAGCCAAUGUACACAUCCAGAGCUGUCUCAACGAAUCAUUGGCUUCCAUAGCUCAGAAUGAUGUUUUAGAUCGAGCUCAUCGUUCAUUUCUGUGCUACUACCAAUAUUAUGGAUACACCAUCGAAGGUCCACAUCGGCUCAGAUACUCGAAUGAUGAUCUGAAAAAGUUUAUGAAAGAGGCUUUCUUGAUUCAAAAUGUUCCUCUGCGCUCUCUUCAGCAGUACUGUAUUGGUAACAUUAUGGAACAACCAGAUAUCGCGGAUAUAGCUUUGACGUAUGUUCUCCGGGCAGGGUUCUACAGUCGAGAACGAGGGUAUGACUUGGAGUUCCUGUAUACUCAGUUUGAUGUUCCGGAAAUGCUCAGUGAUGAGGUUAAACAAUGUCAAAUGACAGUUCGUCGUCACCACUGUGAAGAACCUCGACGUCUAAUGCAAACCUUCAUGCAGUGCGUAUCGUCGUAUAUAUCAUGGUUCCCACUAGUGCAAGCCGUGGCAGCGGAAUUGGUUGCUGAGGCCGGAUAUAGCUGUAUUUGUGAAUCAGUUUCAAACUUGCCAUCAAAAUCAAACAACAUCGUUCCUUACGCAUAUCCAACUGGCCCUGAGUUCAUCAUAUCAAAGCCAAUCAUUGUGGGACCCUAUCGACGACCAACAACUACUACUGGAUACUUACCAGUUUUACCAAGUACAGAAAAUCCGCUACCUCCAACAUUCCCAACAUUUCCAUCCACUUGA